UUAUAACGUCUUAAACAAACUGACUAAUCUCUGCAUAAAAUGAAAAACAAAUGAGUAACUCGGUUUACGAUUGACUCGAUUUUACGUCUCCAGUUACUUGUGGUGUAGAAGUCAUCUAAAUAUGGACGCCCCAGCAGAUCUGCGUGGAACAUCCACAGCAGGUGCUGAGCACCAAAUGCCUUCGCAGCCUCAUCCUGCAGGUUGGGGAGGUUUCAGUGCGCAGAGCUCUUCCUGUAAGCGACAUUAGUAAUUGGUGGUAAUGUGACAAGGCACACGGACAGGAAGCCAUCUGAAGAAUGGCGGGGCGAUGUUCGCGGAGCGGUGCCUACACCGACCUCCCUGCCAGCUUCCCAGAUCUCAUGACUGACCGCCGGAGCCGCAGCAGUGACUCUUGUGACUGUGAGGAGCGCAGAGGACCUUGGAAGCACCUGGAAUAAAUUUAAAUAAAUCUAAUAAUCCCUCCCCCUCUUUUUAAUUUUUACUGAUUCUGGACCGUCUCCCACCGCUGCUCACGCUUCUUCAGGCGAGUGCAGGAGGGCAAACCCGUGCACCAUGAAUGUCACCUCGCUCUUCUCCUUCACCAGCCCGGCCGUCAAGCGCCUGCUGGGCUGGAAGCAGGGCGACGAAGAGGAGAAGUGGGCGGAGAAGGCCGUGGACGCUCUGGUGAAGAAGCUGAAGAAGAAGAAGGGAGCCAUGGAGGAGCUGGAGAGGGCUCUCAGCUGCCCGGGUCAGCCCAGUAACUGCGUGACAAUCCCUCGCUCGCUGGACGGACGGCUGCAGGUGUCCCACAGGAAGGGUCUGCCACAUGUCAUCUACUGCCGGGUGUGGCGCUGGCCGGACCUGCAGUCGCACCACGAGCUGAAGGCGCUGGAAUGCUGCGAGUAUCCCUUCGGCUCCAAGCAGAAGGACGUGUGCAUCAACCCCUACCACUACAAGAGGGUGGACAGUCCAGUGUUGCCUCCUGUUUUGGUACCAAGGAACAGUGAGUUCAACGCCAAGCACACGAUGCUGCCGCGCUUUCGCAACCCCCUUCAGCAGAACGAGCCACACAUGCCCCAGAACGCCACGUUCCCAGAAUCCUUCACUCAGGCAAACACCGUUCCCUUCCCUCAUUCUCCUGGAAACGGCUUCCCAAACUCGCCCGGCAGCGGCAGCAGCGCCACCUUCCCUCACUCGCCGUCCAGCUCUGACCCAGGCAGCCCGUUCCAGAUGCCCGAGACCCCUCCACCUGCCUACAUGCCCCCAGAGGAGCAGAUGACGCAGGACUGUCCUCAGCCAAUGGACAUCAACCUCAUGGCUCCGCCUCUGCCUGCAGAGUCGAACAACCGGGCAGGGAAAGACCUGAUGCAGCUGGGACUCUUCUCUUUGAUGUGCGGCUCCAGCAGCAACUCCUCAGAUGUGCAGCCGGUGGCCUAUGAGGAACCAAAGCACUGGUGCUCCAUUGUUUACUAUGAGCUGAACAAUCGCGUUGGGGAGGCCUUCCAGGCUUCUUCCACCAGCGUGCUCGUCGACGGCUUCACGGAUCCCUCCAACAACCGCAACCGCUUCUGCCUAGGUCUGCUCUCCAACGUCAACCGCAACUCCACCAUCGAGAACACCCGGCGGCACAUCGGCAAAGGUGUCCACCUGUACUACGUUGGCGGCGAGGUGUAUGCGGAGUGCCUGAGUGACAGCAGUAUCUUCGUCCAGAGUCGUAACUGUAACUACCACCAUGGCUUCCACCCCACAACCGUGUGCAAGAUUCCCAGUACAUGUAGCCUGAAGAUCUUCAACAACCAGGAGUUCGCUGAGCUGCUGGCCCAGUCCGUCAAUCACGGCUUCGAGGCCGUUUAUGAGCUCACCAAAAUGUGUACCAUCCGGAUGAGCUUUGUUAAGGGCUGGGGAGCAGAGUACCACCGCCAAGAUGUGACCAGCACACCCUGCUGGAUUGAGAUCCACCUGCAUGGCCCACUGCAGUGGCUGGAUAAGGUCCUGACCCAGAUGGGUUCCCCCCACAACCCGAUAUCGUCGGUGUCGUAGGCUUCAGUAACCCCAGGCCUCUCAGCCACGUGGCUGUCCACACCCCAGCAUUUUGGUCCAAGUAGUGAGAAUAGCAGCUCGCUGGUCCCACACCGGUUUGUAGUUUAGUCCGACGUCUGCAGCUGAUUCUGACUGGAAAAAAAAAACAAACAACAAACUGAUCUGGGACCUGUGAGGCUGGGUGGGUUGUUACAUGGGUGGUUCUACUUGAAGGACAUCUGAGUCGAACACAUUGACAGAUUGGGAGAGGAGAAGGCAAAGCAAGUGUGAUGCAACUGGAAGAUACUUGAUCUUUGUGACCAACUGUAAUAAUCCGACCAUCACACUCACGAGGCAAACAACCUCCAGUAUCACCCUGCUACAAGUGCGUUUUUCAUUGUUCUUUUAAUCUGACUCAAAUAUAGUUUGCCUUUCGAUAUUCCCUUAAAAUUAAAGCUAUAUUUGUGUAAUUACAACAGCUGUGGGACAUUCCAGGUCGUCAAAUUCUCAGUUUACGGACGUUUUCUAUCUGAAUCAAUUGAAUUGGCAUCAAAUGUGGAAAGUUAGCGGAGUCGGAGAAUGACCCAUGUGACAGAAUAUUCCAUCAGUCAUCAAGUGCUUAGGAAAGUCUGCUGGUUAGUAUUUAAGGUAAAUGAACUGAUGAAAUGCCGUCAGAAUUCAGAGUUAAUCACACAAGGGCAAAAUGAGGGGGUUUAAACGUGUAAAGUGUCUGGUUUUGUGUGGGACGUGGGGCUAAAAAGGCAUUUCCACACAUUAACGACUGAAACCUUCAAUGUCGACUAUCUUAUGUUACACAUUUUGUUUAAAGAAAAAGAAAAAAAGAACACUGUGUAGAUAUUUUCACCAUUAGAUCACGUGCUGUCUGAAUUUGCAGAGCAUAUUUUGGUUAGUGUAGUGUUGCACAUUUAAGGGUGGUAGCUGAACAUAACAUGAAGUCGAGACAAAACACAGGAGUUGCUGUUUUACUCUGCAGCAGGGCACUGAGGACGGACACCGUCAUUCAAAAGAUUUGGAAACAUGAUCCAUUUUUUUUUUCUUCUUCUUUUGUGUGGACUCUUUAAAUCCUUUAAAUUUCCCCAACCGUGGAGCAAUAAAGGAUCUUAUUAUUCUUUUCUACAUAUGAAGUUCUAUCCUGCAGCUUUUCAUCCGUCUGGUACUGAGAGCAAUUACACAAACACUGUUCAUGACUGCUGAUGAUGGUGUUUCAUUUUGCAGCAAAUACUUUUAUUUCAGACCAUAAAAGGUCUUUUUAACUCAUCUUUUAUUUUUUUGGUUGUAAUGCAUAUUACAGCCUGUACUCCCUCUGCAGCUGAUUGGUUACUUUAAUAUAGUUUACAGAUUAAUUCCUUGGAAUUAAAGAUUAUUUUUAUUUGAACUUUUUGCAAUUUCCACUUUACCUUCCAGUGACUUGUCAGAGCUUACAGGGAACUCUCAGGUUACUUUCCUUGAAUUUAAAAGUCACUUUUCUGGAACUUACACGUUGCUUUCCUAGAGCUCAGAAAGUAUUAUUGGAACCUAAAGGUUAUGUUCCUGGGACGCGCAAGGUCCUUUCCAGUUACUUUCUGGAACUCACAGGAAAAUUCUUCGGGACUUACAGGUUACUUUUAAUUACACCGUGGUGUAAUCCAGUGAAUACUCUGUUCUGAUUGGCUGCGUGGUGACAAAAGGUUUUAUAGGACGGCUGUAAAAACGAGAGAUAUUAAAUAGUUCUCUCAGCCGCUUCUUGUGAAACACUUACGAUUUUAAUGGUGAAAAAAAACAUUAAAGUACUAAUAAUUGAUUUAAUAUUCAUUUAUUUUAUAAGUGAUCAUGGUAUAAAGCAGGAUAAUGCCCUUUAAGGUGUCCAUGAUCAGAAAUGAGUGGACUUCGCUUCCUGUCGGACGGUUCACGCCUCCAUAUUGUCCAUUAAUUUCUGAUAGUGGACGUUAUCCCUUACAUAACUUACGGGUAUUUUUUCCCAGAGCCCAAAAUGUAUUUACAGAUUAUUUAUCUGCUGUUUACAGGUUACUUUUUGUAACUUAUUCACUUCUCUCGAACUUACGUUCUUAUGAUCCGAAACAUGGAAAAGUAACCUGUAAGUCAUGAAAAAUUCUUUAAAAUUGCCUUUUUUUUUUCUUUUUUUUUUUUUACAAAAAACUCUUUACGUUAAAGCAAAGCAACUUGUAGGUUUUGAAGAGUAUCCUGUAAAUUCAAAAAAAAAAAAAAAAAGACCUAUAAAUCAUUGCAAAAUACAGUGUAAACAUUCAGGAAAGUAACGUCUGUGACGUUUGGGAAGCUUCAGGCUUGUGUUGAAUUUUGCUUUUAAGUUUUUUAUUUUUGUUUGUUUUGUUUUUUGUAUCCAGAGUGCCGUUAACCUUCGUAAGAUGCUUCACAGGUUGUUGUUUUUUUUGGUUUGUUUGGUGGGGUUGCUCAAGCCUCAGGUUUUACCCGUCCUUUAUAUCGCUUCCAGUAUGUCAACCUCAGAUUGAAGGUCACAAAGAUUUGCGACCAGUAAUUGAUUUUACUAAAAAUACUGGACGUAAUAUUAUGUCAAGCCCCCACGUGUAAUAGCUUUUUAUUUAAACUAAUGUUUCAAAGCACUCUUUGUCUCCACCCACCUAUCAGAUGGAUUAAUCUGGACAUAGAAUCUCAUCCUUUUAUGCUAUUUGCCAAUUUUUUAUGUUUUUUUGCCAUCCUGCUGGAGGAUGGAUCCUUGUCCAGACCGAAGACAGACAGGCUCUUUUUAAUUAAACUUGUUUGCAGAGAAUUUUCUCUAUCAAUUGAAUUCAUCAAAUUUCAAUAAAACCUUUAAAAAUUGUUUUUUUAUUUUCAAAUACUUUUGAAAGGUUGUGUAAAUAUUCAGUGGCUGCUCAUCUUCUUCUUAAAGUGACUGAACAAAGCGUAUUAAAAAUGUUUAAGGGAAAAUGUUGAGCAUUCAGAUUUUAAUCAGUAACUGAAAAAAGAUGUCAGUUACUGAUGUUGUUUUUUUAUUAUUAAAUGCAGAUUUUACCUUUUUUUUUCUUUAUUUGCUUUUUUGCCUGUAGCAGUCCUCCUUGUAACUGAGCUGUUUAACUCAUAACAUUCUUCAUUUUUUUAAACGUGUUUUUGGUUUGUCUGCACUUUCACAUUUUGCCUCAUUGUUUUUUUUUCUUUGUUGUAAUUUUUUUUCUUCAGUUUUGCUCUGUAAACCUCCCAGAAAAGCAGUUUUAUUCCAUGAAUAUCAAGUCUCUACUGGAAGAUUGAAUAAAAUUGUUUCAUUAAACACAAAA